AAAAGUCCUUUAAUGAAGACGUACGAGUGGCGCGACCGCUCCAAAUGCCACACCUGGAUGGGAGUUGAGGGGCCCCACAGCUGCUUUCUCUCCUUCCGUGUUGCCCUUUUACUUGUUCAUUCUCAGGGAAAUUGUUCCGCAGAUUACACACGCGGCUACCGGCCAGGAACAAAGCAGCGUUAAUUAGGUCGUCGUGUGGCUCAGACUGAGAAUAAUUCCGUUAAUAAGGAAAAGGGAGUCCAUGGAGAGCCGCGGAAGGAGCCGGGCGACCUUCCCUGGUGGAAGGCGAUUCAGAAGGGGCAUUCGAUGUAGGUCAGAUAUGAUGACUGGAUAUGCAGUAGAGUUUCUGAUGCAAGAUAUCCCUUUCACCUUGAGUCAGUGAGUUCAUUAACUAUUAAAACUACCGACAUAUUUCCCUUUCAGGAUCACGUCACUGACAUUUUCCAAGGGUGGUGAAAAGUCAAACAAAUGCAGAAUAAAGUACAAAAUCGGUGACCGCGUCGGUGGAGAAAAGCUGUCCGUUGCAGUGGUGCUGAACUUGCUUGUGGCCGUUGGCCGUUUUCCUCUCGGCACACGCAGUGCCUCCGCUCGCCCACCAGAGGGCGUAUGUGUUCAACGUUCAAUCCAGAGCGGGAGCAAGCGACGUCAGUCACGUGACGAGCGUCUCCGUCCAUCGCUCACAUGCGCGCAGAGGGGGGGAAAAAAAAGGAAAACCAUGUCAGCAGUGAAACGUAACACGGCAGAAAUGUACAAUUAGCCGCGCAUUUAUUUGACUGCAUUACGUGUCGUGUGUCAUGCAAGAACAACUAUUUAACAUUAGUUCAAUUUAACUACUAAGACAAUUUAAUAUGUGAACAUAGCGGGUUGAGGAAUACAGGCUCAAACCGGGCAUUUGUCACGUUGCUAAAAGUGCACAGCACGUAACGUUGCAUGAGAAAGGUUACAGCCAAGUGAACAGCAGAGGGCGCCGUUGAGUAAGAAUCCCGAACAACAGCACUUGCAGAAGAGCCAAGGGGAGAAGUGAUCAGUUGCACUCACGUUCAUGACAAUAAAAGGUGAUUUGAGAGCGAGGGAAAUCGGGGAAGUCGUACACGUUUACUGUGGUAUUUGUCGAUUGGCGCAAUUGUGACAAAAGCAACACAUUUUACUUGCUCAAAGUAUUCAAGUUAAGGUCGGGUCCCUGCAAAUCCGAUUUUAUUCGGCUAAAGUAACACACAUCAGGCAAACUGUUAUACACUGCAACAAAAUCGCAACGCUUGAGUUGGGGGAUGGCGACCCUAACGCCUGCGCCGCGCUGUCCACAACUAAACACAUAAAUAUAUAGUGGAAUCCAGCAUUUAUUCAAAAUAACCAACAGUCACCUCACUAUGGUGAAAUAAUAAUAAUAAUAAUAAUAAUAAUAAUAAAAAUAAAAGGAUACCUAAAAAAAUGUCUGUCUAAAACAAAAGUAAAACAAUAUACAUACAAUAUACAAGACUAAAUGUGCACACCUGCAUGCACCCAAACUUUUCUCACCAAUAAUGUGACCUCAAACCUGCACAACUCAAUUGACAAUUGGUUUUUAAUCUUUUUAGAGGGGGAAUUAAAAAUAAACUACUUAAAUAAUGUGGUUGCAUAAAUGUGCACACCCUCUUCAGAAAUAACCAAUCACAAUAAAAUCCAUGUUAAUCGGGUGUCAGUACCCUCCCACAGGUGGGGUGCAAUAUGAGCAGGGGGGGGGGGUGGCCAAAGGCGCGACCGUGCUGGUCCAACCCCCAGCUGCAGGAAGGUGAAAGGUCACUUCUGUGGCAGGGAACGAGCCAGAGCUGCUUUGUGAGCUCAGAGACCUUUUUAUUUCAAUGACAGGCAUCCAAAUGUCAUGAGAAUUUCCAUAUUUACUGGGCACUUUGGACUUUGUUUCUCUUUCUAGAUUGACUCCAAUGAAGUGGCUGAAAAAAAACCACAGCAGGAAAAGUCGCACAGUAGUCGUCAAGUCUGCUAUUAUGUUCAGAAAUAUGAUUCUUGCUUGAUGUGCAACUUCAGUUGCUCAACAGUCGGGUGUCUCUGUUAGCGUUCGCUUUGCAUGUUAGAGUUUUAACUUGCAUUUGUAGAUGGAGCAACCAACUGUGUUUACUGACAAUGGUUUUGUGAAGUGUUCCUGAGCACACGUGCAGGCAAUUUCCUUUACACAAUAAUGUUUUUUUUUUUUUUUUUUUUUUUAAUGCGGUGCCACCUGAGGGGUCAAAGGUCACAGGCAUUCGAUGUUGUUUUUCAGCCUUGUCGCUUCCGUGCAGAGAUUUCUCCAGAUUCUCAGAGUCGUUUGAUGAUAUUACGGUCAGAUGAUGAAAGACAAAGUUUAUCCGCAUUGUCUUUGUAGUGUAUUCAGUUUUCCAACCAUUCUAUUCUGGUUUUAUUUACAUUCUACACAAUGUGCCAACUUCAUUGGAAUUGCGGUUUAUAGAUGAUGCAUGUUACUUACCAUUUCCAACUAUGUUCAUCUGAAUUAUUAUUUUUUUGGGUUGGGUCACCUGUCAGUGUUGUACUUCAUAUGUACAUUUUAUGAACUCUAAAUUCUAAAUGACACAACAUGAAGCUUACGUACUGGGACUGCUCAAGCACCUAAAAAGGAAUUAGCAUUUGUAUUAAUAGCCUGUUAGGUAAACAUAACCCUAACGUAAUGGGUUGAUAGGAUUUGUUUCCAUUGAAAUCCGCCAUUGCUCUGAAUCAGCCCAUUUUAGCUGGAGCUAGCUUUUCAUACACACACUCAAAAAAAAAACACACACACACAUUAACUUAGUACACAAAAGUUGGCGUUUAAAAAUUGUAGUUUAUCAUCAUAACGUGAUUAUAGUGGAUGUUUAAGAAUAGGAGAUACAGGUUAGGAGCCUAAAACUUACACACACAUAAAAAAAGCAGAAAGAACGUUUGCAGUCACCUAUUUUUGCUCCUUGGUGUUCCCUCCAAAAGAAUGAAAGUGGAUUGAUGGGAACUAUUUUUUGGGUGAGGGCAAAAAAAAAAGAAGACUGUCACAAACUGAUGGGAUCCUGUUUUUCAAUAAUAAACAUUUGAGUUCUUUUAACUCAAGUAUGAAGUUUUGCAGUAAAAGCAGUAAAAGGAAUUAUCGCUGUGAAAAUGAUUGGAAAUGUCAACUGUUGCGCUGGGCCCUCGUACCGCUACAGUGGGCCUUUUCAGCCACAUGGUGUCGCUGUUACCCUGUACUGUAUAAGCAGAAUACAUCUGAGGCACAUAUACAUCUCCACACACCCGUCGUAAAGGGUGGACACAUGUCUUUCUUUUGCGUCCGAUGUUCCUAUUUGGAACAGUUGUGCUGCUCUUGAUAAUAUUUUCUCAUAUUUAGAAACAUAAAGGACAUUUUUUUUCCCCCCUCAAAAGGACGCCAGUCAUGUGUGAUGCGGCACAAAGGAUGGAUUUUUGGACGCGGAUCUUUGUGUUGUGUGCGGCAUGGCCGGCUGCUUUGUCCGUGACACGCUACUCCAUCCCCGAGGAGAUGGAGAGGGGCUCCGUGGUGGCCAACCUCGCCGCCGAUCUGGGACUGGAGCCUGGAGGCUUGGCCCAACGACAGGUAAAACUCGAUAUUUUCCACAACAAAAAAUAUCUGGAUGUCAAUAAGAAGACGGGGGAGCUGCUCAUCAUGGAGACAAUGGACAGGGAAUAUCUUUGCCCCUCCAAACUAGUCUCCUGUCUCCUCAAGCUUGACGUAAUAAUAGAAAGUCCAUUGCGCAUCUUCAACAUUGAGCUGGAAAUAACCGAUAUAAAUGAUAACGCGCCGCAUUUCAGACGAGAUAGAGUACAACUGGACGUGUCUGAGUCGGCGACGCCCGGCGAGAGAUUCUCCCUCCCCAAUGCGGUGGAUCCAGAUGCGGGCAUGAAUACGAUCAAAACCUACAAACUCAGCCCCACUCAGCAUUUUACCAUUGAAAUCCAGACGGGCACAGACGGAAGUCAAUAUGUAGAUUUAGUGUUGACCAGAUCUUUGGACCGGGAGGAGACCCCGGUCCAUAAUUUAAUACUCACGGCAGAGGACGGCGGUAGUCCAGUACGUUCCGGUACUGCUAAUAUUAUCGUGAGAGUGCAGGAUACCAAUGACAACCCGCCUCGAUUCGACGAGCGGAUUUAUACAGUAAACAUGACGGAGAAUUCGCCGGUCGGGACCACGGUGAUAAAGCUCAACGCGACAGAUCUCGACGAGGGGCCAAAUUCAGAGCUUGUGUACUCCUUCACGCUUUACACGUCAGAAAAAACCCAAGACGUGUUUGCCAUGAACCCCAGCACGGGCGAGAUAACGGUGAAGGGCACCGUCGACUACGAAGACAUGACAUUUUACGAGAUGCACAUCGAAGCGAGGGACCGAGGCUCGCAUCCGCUCCUGGGCCAGUGCAAGGUGGUCGUCCGCGUCACGGACAUGAACGACAACUACCCAGAAAUCACGCUUCAGUCUGUUAAAAACACAGUGAAGGAGGACGUGCCUGUCGGAACUGUCAUCGCCCUGGUCGCCAUCGGCGACAGAGACACAGGUGACAAUGGGAAAGUCGAUUUAUUCAUUCAUGACUCCAUCCCUUUUGUUUUAAACAAGUCAUCAGACAGACCAAUGCAUUACCAGCUCAUUGUGUCCAAACCUUUGGAUCGUGAAUCAGUGCCGGAUUAUGACAUCACACUCAUCGUGAGAGAUUCGGGAAGACCACCGUUAUCUGAUAACGAAACGAUAACUGUGCAUCUGCUGGACGUGAACGACAACGUGCCGCGCUUCCCUCAGUCCUUCUAUAGCAUCCGCGUGCCGGAGAAUAACGCUCCCGGCGCCUUGCUCACUUCCCUCAGCGCCUUCGACCCCGACCUCCACGAGAACCAGUACCUGGUUUACUUCAUUGUGGAGAAGGAGAUCGCCAACACCUCCAUGUCCAUGCUGUUCUCCAUCAACCCGGAGAACGGCAACCUUUACGCGCUCAAGACCUUCGACUACGAGAUGGAGAAGGACUUUCUUUUCCACAUCGAGGCCAGAGACUCGGGUUCUCCUCCGCUCAGCAGCAACGCGAGCGUCCGCGUGGCGGUGGCCGAUCAGAACGACAACGCUCCGGUCAUCGUCUCUCCGUGGCGGGCGCACGGCUCGGCGGUGGAGGAGAAGAUCCCCAGAUCCACGGAUAAAGGAUCUCUGGUGGCCAAGGUGAUCGCCUUGGAUGGGGAUUCCGUGCACAACUCUCGCAUCACCUACCAGUUCCUGCAGGUGAGCGACGCCUCCUUGUUCAGUCUGGACCAGUACAACGGCGAGAUCCGCACCACCAGGAUGUUCAGUUACAAAGACUGGCGCCACCAGAGACUGGUGGUGGUCGCCAAGGACAACGGGGAGCCCGCUCUCUCCGCCACGGUCACCAUCAAGCUGUCCACGGUGGAAACGGCCGCCAAGGCCUACUCGGACGGCGGCGAGGCGCCUCCGGAAUACGACAUCUUCUCCGACCUCAACCUGUAUUUGCUCAUCGGUCUGGGCUCGGUGUCCUUCCUGCUGCUCAUCACCAUCUCGGUCACCGUCGUGCUCAAGUGUCAGAAGGUCAAGCCCGGCAAUAUGGCUCCUCCCUGCAGGAACAGCGUGAUCAGCGAGAGGAACUCCACCGUGGCGGAUUCCACUCUGGUGUCCAACGACGCCUACUGGUACAGUCUGUUUCUAGCCGAGACCAGGAAAGGAAAGCUGGUGGUCAGGCAGCCCGUGCCCAAGGGCUCCAGAUACUUCGUGUCCAGUAUUCCCAGGAGCGCGGCCGGGUCCGCCACCAGCGACUCCGCCCCCUCCACCUUGCAGGUAUGCCUCAACUGCAUACAUUUUGUCAGUGGAAGAUUUAGUUGAAAUGUUAAAUGGUUGACUUGUCUAGAGCUUCACCAUGGUAGUUUCAUAACGUGGCACUUAAAAUUCCUUCUCCUUUCAAUGCGACGUACAUUUGAUCAUUGACCUCCACACGAAACUCGUCAAAUAUGUGAACGCAGCAAACAUACAGU